AGCGAUGCAACAACGGGCCCAUAUAUAAAUCAUCUUUUCUCUUUCUAAUUUUUAUUUUUUUUAAGCUUCUCUCUCAAUUCUGUUUUAUUUACUACUCUCUUUUAACUCUGGUUCAUUUCUAGUGUUUCACAAAAUCCAAGUGUUUCUUCAACAAAGGAUAAUCAUUCUCCAGCUUUCAGGUUUAAGCUGUUAGAUUUGUGCAUUGUGCUUCAUAUCGAAGGAAACUGCGGCGCUCUAGGAUUAGUUGCUCGGUUAAUGUGAAUUUGCAGAUCACAGUGGGUCUCUGGAGUCUGGAGAAGCAAAUUUGUAGGCUUUUCUGGUGAAUAUGGAGGAAAUGUACUCGUGUAAACUCUGAGUAUGAUUAAGUGCUACUGUUCUAUUGACUCUUGGGGCUCAUCUAGUCAGACAUUUGAUGAAUUAAGUGCUAAAUGAUUUAAUAGUUGUACUGAGAAUAGAAAUGAAGAAAUGGUACGGUGGUGUUUUAACAACAUCCCUGUUGAUGUUUUUGGUCCUGGGAUACUGUGUGAUGAGGAAACCUGUCAAGGAAAGCUAUGUUACAAGUUCUCUCUACUUCAAUAUGACAAAUCCCCUUGAAUGGAUAAAUGCUAUGGCUCCACCUGCAGCUCACCAUCCAGAAAAAAUUAAUCAAGUAAUACCUGCUGAGAUUGUUGUGUCUGAUCUCUUUAUCAAGAGGAACCUGUCAGCUCAGGAGCAACAAUCUUUGUCUACGUGGUAUCAAUUGAAAAGGUUAACUACUCAUGAUCUAGUUUUACCUAAUGCUAUAGAGGCGGUUAAGGAAGCCACUGUUGCAUGGAACAACCUCAUGAGUGCAGUAGAGAGGGACAAACUCGAUACAAAUGAUAGUUCAAUUAAGACAGGGAAACAGAAACAGUGUCCUCAUUUUCUUAGCAAAACCAAUGCUACUGAACUUGAUGCUAGCGGCUUUAAGUUGCGGCUUCCUUGUGGUCUGAAUCAGGGUUCUUCCAUCACAAUAAUUGGCAUUCCAAAUGGUCUUCUUGGGAAUUUUCGGAUAGAUUUGACUGGCGAACCACUACCAGGUGAACCAGACCCUCCUGUUAUUCUGCACUACAAUGUUAGGCUCCAUGGUGAUAAAAUAACCGAGGAUCCUGUAAUCGUACAAAACACCUGGACUAUUGCACAUGACUGGGGUGAAGAGGAGCGCUGUCCAUUACCAUCAGAUGAAAAGAGUAAGAAAGUGGAUGAAUUGGAUCAAUGCAAUGGGAUGGUAGGCAAUGUCAUGUCCACUCGGCAUGUCAUUGCAACAAAUAAAUCUAGCAUGGUUCAGGACGGGGCUAAAUCAAGAAAAUAUUUUCCUUUCAAGCAAGGAUAUCUGUCAGUUGCCACGCUGAGAGUAGGAUCUGAAGGAAUUCAGAUGACAGUUGAUGGAAGACACAUAACAUCGUUUGCUUUCCGUGAAACUUUGGAACCAUGGCUCAUAAGUGAAGUGAGGAUAUCGGGAGACAUAAAAUUAAUUUCUGUUGUCGCAAGUGGUUUACCAACAUCAGAGGAUUCAGAGCAUAUAAGCGACUUGGAAGCCUUAAAAGCAGCUCCUCUUCCUCCACGAAAAAGACUAGAUCUCUUUAUUGGUGUAUUUUCUACAGCAAAUAAUUUUAAGCGUAGAAUGGCUGUCCGUAGAACUUGGAUGCAAUAUGAUGCAGUGCGGUCUGGACAAGUUGCGGUGCGGUUUUUUGUUGGCUUGCAUAAAAACCAAAUGGUGAAUGAAGAGCUCUGGAAUGAGGCUCGGACAUACAGAGACAUCCAGCUGAUGCCUUUUGUUGAUUACUACAGUCUUAUCACUUGGAAAACCAUUGCCAUCUGUGUUUUUGGGACGGAGGUUGUUUCUGCAAAGUUUGUCAUGAAGACAGAUGAUGAUGCAUUUGUUCGAGUGGAUGAAAUCUUAUCUUCUAUGGAGAGGGUUAACACGACUCGUGGAUUGUUAUAUGGACUUAUUAACGCAGAUUCCCAACCUCACAGGAGUCCAGACAGCAAGUGGUUUAUCAGUCCAGAGGAAUGGUCUGAAGAAACUUACCCUCCUUGGGCACAUGGACCUGGUUAUGUCGUCUCCAGCGAUAUAGCAAAAACAAUCAGCUCGAAACAGAGAAAAGGCCGCCUAAAGAUGUUUAAGCUUGAAGAUGUUGCUAUGGGCAUCUGGAUUUCCGAAAUGAAGAAAAAAGGGUUGGAAGUGAAGUAUGAAAAGGAAGAGAGGAUUUUUAAUGAAGGUUGCCGGGAUGGUUAUGUAAUUGCCCAUUACCAAAGCCCUAGAGAGAUGCUAUGUCUCUGGCAAAAGAUUGAAGAGAGUAAACGAGCUUUAUGUUGUGGUGAUUAAUGCAAAAUAGCUUUCGUCUGCGUUCUGAAGGCUCAGAAGUUUCUAUAACUAUGAUUCUGCAUAGCUGACCAUGGACAUGUACUUGAGUAGGUCGCGAAUGAAGAGGCCAAAGUAAUGCUUAUACCACGUUGUUGUAGUAGGAGGUAGAGUAGUUACUAGCAUAUUGAUAUAAGUAGGUGAUUAGAUUAGCUUGUUACAUACAUCAUCAUAGAUUUGAUUAGUGAAGAUGUUGAGGAAGGUAUCUGUAUUAUAAAUAGAGUAAACUGGGGGCAUUAUACGUUGUAUAGAGUACGGGUACUCUACGAUUCGGUGAUUAUUUUGUAUGUAAAUCACAGGAUCUCUCGUACCCAUUAUCGUUGAGUGAUGGAGAGCAUAUUACAUUAUAUUCUGACGUUGGAGUUCUUGUCUGCAUUA